CCUGGUCCAGGUGACGUGCGUUCUCCCUGUCCGGGAUUGAAUGCACUGGCAAACCACGACAUCUGUCCUCGCAGUGGAAAAGGCUACACCAUUCCUCUACUCACCUCCUGCCUAGCAGAAGGCAUGAACACGGGAGCCGAUUUCUCACUCUUCGUUGGGGCCGCUGGAAUCGGCUCCAAUCCCGACUUCCUUGCUCUCGAAUUCGAUCUCGAUCAACUCGAUCACCACGAUAUGGUGAUUGAACACGACGCUUCCCUAUCCCGCGCCGAUGCUUCCACAGGAAACAAUUACUCAUUCAACCAAACAAUCUGGGACACAGUCCUCGCUUACUACUCCGGCAUGACCGAAACGUCCAUCCCAGUAGCCGCCAAAGUCAAGUACAAUAGAGUUCAGACCGAAGCUGCCAGGGAUCCGACUUUCACCUAUGGACCUGUUCAAUUCAUAUUCAGUUAUGGCGAGACUGCUAUUUACUUGAGUACAAUGGGAGAUCCAACGACUGGGGUAGCGCCGAUUGAGUAUGUGAAGAGCUUGUUUGAGGAAGAGAGGCUACCAUAUGAGGAGGGGUGGAGACCUACCGCCGAGCCUACCACGCUCGCAAGCUUGGCAGCAAUGAUUUUCGAACUGAACAUUGCAAAUGGAGAAGAGUUACCCGAGGGUCUGACGUUGACUGAA